AGCAAACUUCAGCUUGUAUGUGGGUGGACUGUUUUGACAGAAUUUCCGCUGUUAGUCAUUUCGCGGAAGAAACCGGAAAAUUCGCCAAAGCGGAUUUUCUCAUUGAAAAGGAAGAAAUUCAAGGAAGGUCAAAUGUGAAGUGAUAUAGAAUAUAGUGGGCUAUUAAAUAAAAUGAGUGAUCAAGAUGAUUUACCGCAGUGUUCGCAGCCUCCGACAACUAUAACUCCGCGCAGUUCCCUCGGAUCUGGGGCUGCCCUUUCAUACAGCAGUGGCUCCUCAAUCUCCCCAUCGAGCUCCAGUAGUUCCCAGGGAAGUGCCAAGUCUGCUGUGUCAGAAUGCCUCGGGGCAUGGCUCAACUACCUGCAAAUUAUGAACAAUCUAUGCUCAUCUGGCUAUCGCCUGGCUCAGACAAUUUCCACCCUGGAGCAAUGGAUAAAUGCCGAUCAGCAGACACCGGGAAUAUUUGCUGGUCCACCCCACAAUCUCACCACGACGCAAUUCACGAGUGCCUGGGAUGAUUUGGCGCGUGCAACAGUCGUGGCGACGAGUACAGUUAAAUCUCACAUUGUCACUGUCCUCCAGGAUUAUGUGACACAAUCCCUGAGCACGUUUGAGCAUCAAGAGGGUGAGAUGCAGCGCAUCAAGGAACACAAUCAGCAAGUUGUCAUGGAGAAUGCACAGACAAUGAUAAAUCUGCAGCAUCAGUUCUGCGUUGCCAGCUAUGAUUCCUUCUCCCAUCUCAUGUGCUGUUUUGUCUGCCAGGCACCCGUUGGAUGUGCCCAUGAUCCCGAUUGUGCCCUGUUGCAGCCACAGCCGCCCUAUGUGAAGCUCCCUCAUGCCACAGCGGAUCCAUGCUCACAAACACCUUCCCCACACUUUGGGUCCGGCACCCGUGAAGCCACCACGUCCAAAUCAUUCACCCAGCAUGACAUGUAUCGCAUGCCACUCGAGGGCCGUGCCCUCCUCUUUGGUUCUGGCUCAACACAGAGUUCAUCCGAUCACAGUUGCUCCCUGACCGGUACAGCAUUGGAGCAAACACGUGGACCGUCCCCGCAUCACGAUAUUCGCGGACCGAGUCCCGUUCAGGGAUUCCUCGAAACAAUUCGGGGUCCUCUACCGAAUCCGGGUCAUCUGCUGGGCAUGAAGGCCCCAUUCUAUCGUGGUAGCCGUAGCCCCCUCAACUUCCCCAUGCUCUUCCCACUCAAUCAGCGGCGAUGGAGUGAAGCAGCAGCCGGUGAAGUGAGCGGUGAGGCCAGCCUCGAUGCAGAGAGUCAAAUGCGUCGCUGGUCAAUGCCAUGGGAAGCCUCAAAGACGGAUCGGAGUACGGUAUCGUGGCACCAGACACGCCUCAUGCCAAUGUCCAAAUUGGCCACUGUUCCAAUUUCCAAGUCAAACAGCGAUCGUAGCCAGAGCACAACACCCGAUUCGGUCUGGCAAUCAUCCGUCACGAGUCAGGACGGACUUGCGGAAGCCAUUCAGCUACUAUCCUGCCGUCCUGUUAGUCGCUCGCAGUACCCACCGCAACCAACGCAGUCGCUCCAUCAAGUUUUGCAGCAGCAACAACCACCGCCUUUCAUUGAGGAGCCCCACACUUCUCAAAUUCUACCAAAUAUCGGACCAUUCGGUUUGUGGCCCACCAUCCCAAAUCCCAGCCUCCAGCGUGUCCAGGAGCGCCAUAUGCCAUUCAUUAAAUUUCCCCCCGAUAAAUCAUUCGAUGGUAAUCCUCAGCCGCCCACAUAGAUGGAUGAAACGACUCUCUAAUUAAAAAUAAAUAAAUAAACUGCCAAAGAAUAUUCUAAAUGUCGAAUUUAGAAACAAAAAAAAAGGAAUAUACAGAGAAAGAUAUUAAUCUAAAAAUAUUUGUAAGAAACCUGGUCGUGUAUUCUCUAAUUAAGUGUCUUGUAAUGUGACUUAAAAGUGGAGUCGCAUUCUUCCUUUUUGUACCACCUAAACUCUUUCUAAAAAAAAACUCUUUAUAUAUUUUUAACUCAUCACUUUCCUCCCCAACUCUUUUUACAAUUUUUUCCUUCGUAAAAUCAUAAAAUUAAAGAAAAGAUAAACAUAAACCAAAUACGAUAAUUGUUGUGAAAUUGAAAUGUAGGAAAUGUAAGUCUUUUUUGAUAUAACGUGAUGUUGCUCGACGUUGGUGUGAUAUUACAUUGUAUAAAGAAAAUAGUGUUUUGUGUUAUCUCGCAAAGUAUUAAAUGUAAUUAUAAUUUUUACUCUCUUUUCUUAUGAUUAUAUACCUAUUAAUAUAUAUAUGACACUUUAUACACCAAAAGUAUUGAACUUUGUAUACCACGAAAGAAAAGUAUGAAUAAAAUGAAAAUCGCUGGAAAAUAAAUAAAAAUAAAAGGGAAAUUAUACGUAUAAUGAAAAAAA